AUGACCAUCCAGUACCCACGGAACAUCCUGUAUACGAACAAUCCCGCCAGGAAUCCCGCCGUCCCUGUUACAGCCACUAGGAUCCGCUUGUUCCGAGGCAGUCACUGGGGUUACACCAGCCGCAGAAAGCAACUCCGUCUGUCUGCGAAUCGCUCCGCGAGUCGGCAGAAGAAUACGCCGGGUGGGCGAUCACAUGCGUUCAUCGUCAUCGCCAACGCGUCCAACGUCCGCGUUAUCGAUAGGAACACAAUGUCACGUCCUGCCGCGUACAGGGAAGAAGAUGUUCUCGGAUGGACGUCUUCCGGAGGACUCGGGGUGCGAACAUCGGGCUCGAGGAGUUCGAUGCGGGGGUUGCAAGGCACGACUGAUAGUGCCAGCACGUGGGUGCAAGUGCGUGCGGGGAAUGUGGAGACUUUCCCUGUGGAGAUGGGGAAGAGAGCUAAGCGAGACGAUGCAGAGGAAAGAAGAGAAGAGUGGGGAAGAAGAGCUCCGGAAGGCUCCGGACCACGGCCCGUGCCUAUCCGCACGGUCUUCCUGAGAGCCGACCUCUCGAGUGCCUUCAUGAGCCUUCGGAAUUGUCGGCUGCAAGUGGUAGACCUCGAAGCCCCGACUCGGAUCAAGGCCGCCUGUGUGGGAGGUACAGAUGUAGUGGAACGGUCGCUCGAGCCUCGAGAAUUAGGUGGGAGAAUCGUUUUGAACAGACGGCGCGGAGAACGGUGGAUCCAACUUCACGGUAUGAGCUGUAACCUGUUGCAAGGAGGAGAAGCCAAGCUUGCACUGGCAAGAGAGCUGUCAUACGCGUACAUCAACGGCUGUAAGUGCAGCUCGGAUCACCACGCUGUGAUUCUGGUCCAGAAUGUUCGAGAUGCACGGGUGGGAGAUCCGGAGGGGUUUUCAGCUGCACGCGACCACGCGGCGUCGGGCAGCGCCGGGAAAAACACGUCGGCGAGCUGGUGUUCGACUGGUGCACAGAGCGUCGACCCAUUUCCAGUCUAUAAAAGACGAUCUCGCUGCGUCACGAAGAGCUCGUGCGGAUGCGCUUCCGGAUCCCCGCCGUUGCUCGAUGCUCGUCAUGUUGCCGACAUGCCAUGGCUUGCCAGCGAGGAGGAGAGUGCGGGAGCACACGAGCAGGCGAAGAGUGCCUGGUUUAAAUAG